AUGGAGGGCUUUGAUACCAUGGCUAUGCCUUACCUGGCCAGCCCGUUAUCGCUCGGUAAUAUGCAGAGCACCGACUACCUCAAUUCAAUGUCCGGCAUGGACCUGCCUGAACAACGUUCUAAUUUCGACUCCGAAACAUUCGUGAGUGGGGACGACAUCGCAUUUUCUCAACAUGCUUUACCUCCCGCAUCGUUGAAACGAUUUCCCUCUGGUUAUGAAGAUCCAUUUACAGACAUGGUCGCUCCGUUCGAACCUGCGCCGCCCGAGCAACCUCCUGAUUCUAUAGAUCAUAACAAUAAACUACUGAGCUUCUCCAUGCCUGCGUACGGCUUCACUCUCUUAGAUUACUCUCUACGCCGCACCUCAAUAUCGCUCUCUGCUCAGCUGCACGGCAUGUUCUUUCUUGCAGAGUCGCCUUGGACCACAUCCCCUGCUGAGAAUGCCCCGCCUCAGCAGGGAGCGGAGCUGACGUGCUACCGCCGAAACCUGUUUCAGAUAACAGGCUCUGUUACCCUCCCACGGAGCUUACGCUACAUUAUGACGGAGCAAGGCGACCGGAUCCCUAUUUUGGCCCAAGAACUCACUGUGUCUGCUACGGAGUCCGUUGAAGGCAAUUCCGUCAAGAUAAUCUCGGUUCCGUGGAAGACACCCGCCGCAAAUGUGAAUCCUACAGCUGAAGAUGGGAACAAUGUUUCCAGCGGAAACGGCGGUAACCCUAAUAGCAACAAUCCUACUAUCAAGGUUGAAAAGGAGCCACCUCCGAUUCCAUUAGAUAUCAUGGCCGGACAAGACCUUGAUACUGACUACGCCACCUUCCCUAUUGCCUGGAAACGACUUCAAUUCCGCGUUGCUACUGCGAAUAAUGGGCGCAGAAAAGAGCUCCAACAACACUUCGUUAUUCGUUUGAAGGUUGUAGCUACGCUGUCUACCGGUGCCAAGAUACCAGUCUGCGAGGUACAGUCGGGCCCUGUCAUAGUCCGGGGCCGGAGCCCACGCAAUUUCCAGUCUCGCAAGGACUUGCCAUUGAGCAACAGUGCUGCGGCGUCACGCAAAAGCGCACAAGCAGCUCAGUCGGCUGCUGUCAACCGAACCCCAACCGGUGAUUCUGCGCCACAUGCACCGGCCAAGGCCAAAGCCACAUUGAAGAGCAGUUCCCCAGAGACGUCUACUUCCCAAGGUGGUGUAGUUGGCCAACAAGCUUCCCCGGAUUGGGCGCAAGUGCCGCCUCCCGUUGGCGGUGCGCAUCCAUCGACGACUUUGCCUCACUCGACGGUAUAUACUCAGUCUAGCCCGGAGUUCUCACGGCCUACAGAAGCCCAGCGACAUCCAGUUGCCGCCCCCAUCAAUCUAUCGCUCCUUGAAGAUGAUGAUGGCAAUGAUUCGGUCAACCCAGCUGAUUCGGCCAGGCCGGCCUCCUCAUAUACAAAUGAUAUGUCACACAAGCUCAUGAACAUGGAUAAUUCUGCAGCCCCUCCGGCCAAGAUGCGCAAGUUGUCUCAUGGCUUACCCGAAACACAAUCGCGAAGCUCGUCCUCUUUACCCUUACUGAAUAAUACCAAUAUGCAGCAGCCCUUCGCUUCGACGCUCCCAUUUCCAAAUGAGAGCGCUGACUUGUUAUAUGAGUAUUUCCCCUUGGGCUUGGAUGAUUGGCAAGCACCAGUCGAUGCAGUAUAUCGACCACAUGUAGUGCACCAUACAAACCUACCUGAAGUGAAGUUUGUUGCUGCGCGCGGACGAAGCAAACGAUAUUUCGCUGCAGAAGAUGUCUUUUGA